CAGCAAACAUCGUCCUGGAAACAACUGACAGGACCCCCACGUCGCCCACGACGCCGUCGAUUCUCGAAGCGAUUUUUGGCCGGUCGCGUCACACAAGAAAACGCGACAAAAUGGCGGUGAUCAAGCGACUCGACUCAAACGAGCGGCCGCCGCCCAACCGCAACGUCCAAGCAACCGACGACAUUUCCACCUUGGCUUUUUUCCCACGACACUACAAACAAGGCAAAAUGGCUGACUCGAUCCCUAUCGUCAAAAAGAAGCUGGCUGGCCCGGUCGGUUUCCACAACCUGCCUAACCAGGUUCACCGGAAGUCCGUGAAGAAGGGUUUCCAGUUCACCAUGAUGGUUGUCGGCGAAUCCGGACUCGGAAAGAGUACACUGGUGAACACCCUAUUCAACAGCUCCCUGUACCCUAACAAGGAGAACAAAGAGCCUAGCCACGAGACGCCAAAGACCGUUGAGAUUCAAGCCAUCAGCGCUGAUAUCGAGGAGAAUGGCGUGAAGCUCAAGCUUACAGUCAUUGACACGCCUGGAUUUGGAGAUUUUGUAAACAACGAGGAGAGCUGGCGCCCCAUUUUGGAAAACAUUGAGGCUCGCUACGAUGCUUUCCUGGAACAAGAGAACCGUGUGAACCGCAAGAAGAUUAUUGACACUCGUGUGCACGCUUGCUUGUACUUCAUCGCCCCCACCGGUCACUCUUUGAAGCCCUUGGACAUCGAAUUCAUGCGCCAACUCGCUGCCCGUGUGAACUUGAUCCCCGUCAUUGGCAAGUCCGACACUCUUACGGAAGACGAAAUCAAAGCGUUCAAAGUCCGGAUUCUGGAGGACAUCAACUACAACAAGAUUCACAUAUAUCAGCCACCUAUGUACGACAACGACGACCCAGAAACUCUGUUGGAGAACAAGGAUAUUAUCAACCGCAUUCCUUUCGCUGUUGUGGGAAGCGACAGGGAAGUUGAGGUGAAUGGAAAGAAGGUUCGGGGAAGGAAAUACCCAUGGGGAGUGAUCGAAGUGGACAACGAGGAACAUUGCGAUUUCAUCAAACUGAGGCAGAUGUUGAUCAGGACGCACAUGGAGGAAUUGAAGGAAUACACCAACGAGGUCCUCUACGAGUCUUACCGCAUGGGCAAAUUGGCGAACGGCGGAUAUGAUGCCGAUGCCAGCAAUCCCGCUCUGAACCCACUUUCCAAGUUCGAGGAGGAGAAAGCCGCACAUGAAGCGAAAAUGGCCAAGAUGGAAGCCGAGAUGAAAGCGGUAUUCCAGCAGAAAGUCGCCGAAAAGGAAAACAAGCUCAAGCAAUCCGAGGACGAGCUGUAUGCGCGUCACCGUGAAAUGAAGGAGCAGCUCGAGAAGCAGCGAUUGGAAAUUGAGGAGAAGAGGAGGAGAUUAGAAGGACGACCAGGGACACCGGAGAAGACCAAGAAGAACAAGGGUCUUUUCAAGUAAAGAUUGACAUCGAAACGGAACCCUGGACGUACAGCCGUUUCUCGAACACUCCUAUGCGCGGAAACUGCCGCACCCCAAUGCGUCAACUCGACGCGUUUUUUCCCUUAGCCUGACAUUUAUGCUGGACAUUUUUUUUCAUACAACUAGACAUACAUUCCCGUUUUUGCUUCUUAUUUCCAGCUCAUAUCCUUUCCUUCUGCGUGUGGAGGACGGACAGCUCUUGGCGUCUGAAAUUUCCGCUUUUGGAAAAGUUGGCAUAAACUUGUUGAUG